AUCAUAGCUCUCUCUCUCUCUCUCUCUCUCUCAACAUAUACUACUAUACUAGUAACAUGGACGGAGUAGAAGGGAAGAGCGACGGCGGCGGCGUUCAGGAGGAGGCGAGUAGCGGGACGAAGAGCGGUGUUACGAGAGCAGCAAGGAGUUUGGAAUUGGUACUAAGAGUUGUUGGAAUGGGAUUCAGUUUGGUAGCUGCAGUUAUGGUCGGAGUUGACAAAGAGACUGAGGUGGUUGCUCUUACCGUUGUCGACACCUUGCCUCCGUUGCACGUCUCUCUUACUGCUAAGUGGUACUACAUGUCUGCUUUCGUGUACUUUGUGGUGGCCAAUGCAAUAGCAUGUUUCUACGCAGCUGCAUCGUUGGUAGCACUCUCUAUCAUGCCAACCAAAAAGACAACCCAAAACGGCCUCACACUGGCCCUGCUCAUCCUGGACCUAGUCAUGGUGGCGCUGCUUUUCUCCGCCAACGGCGCGGCGGUCGCUGUCGGACUCAUUGGCCUCCACGGCAACUCCCACACCAACUGGAAGAAGGUGUGCAAUGUGUUCAAGACCUUCUGCCGCUACAUGACCGCCGGUUUCGCCAUGUCCAUGAUGGGGUCCUUCGUCUUUCUUUGGCUUGUAUUGCUUGGCACCUUAAGCCUCCAUAAGAAAUCAAGCUAGGUAAAUAGACCCUUAUUAAUGAUAAUGGACUUGCCUGGUUAGUACUUCCAGUACUUUAGUGUUUGUGAAGUAGGAGUAAUUAGGUACGUGGUAAUAAAGAUGCAAUGGGCAAGUUUAGUUUGUGCAGUAGCUACUAGGGCACUUGAAACUACCAGACAUUUGGCAAAAAAGAUGUUUCAAUAUUCUAUUGGGCAUUCUAUUUGUAUGUCAUUGUAAG